AAGUGCUCCACCAUCAUCAUUUCCUCUCUCUCCCUCGCAAUCCCAAAAGUCAGCGCAGUCCUUUAUGCCUUGCAUUCGCUCUUUUAUUGCCAUUGGAAUCAGCAAAAACAUAGAGGAGGUGGGUUAGCAUUUCUAGGUAGAUUGAGUCUUCAAUGGCAGAGGGUCAGGACUGGGAUUUGUAUGCAAUAGUGAGGAGCUGCACCUCUGCUACUACAAACAGAAACGGUAGCAGCAACACCAGUGAGAAUCUUGAGAACCCUUUUGAGUGCUUGGCUUCUUUGACUUUUGAUGAUGAUGAUGAUCAAGAAUUUAACCCUUUUUCUUUCCCAAAUCUCGCUGUUCAGCCUACAAACAACGAUGGUUUGCAAGAAUUGCAAGAUUCGUACAAGCCCUUUUUGCCUAGCUACACCGCCAGUGGACUUCAAGGUAAUAAUGAUUAUAUUCCUAGCUCCUCCUCCAUCUCUGAUUUUGGGGUCAUUUUUAGUGGCCAAAAUCCACCACAACUUGCACAUCAGCAACAGCAGCAGCUGCAGCAGCAGAAUCAUUAUCACCACCACCAUCACCAACAACAACAACAAUCUCCACCACCACCAUCCACAAGUGUUUCCAUCAGCCCCAGGUUCAACAAUAGCCAACAGCAACCACAGCAUAUUGUACAGCAACAACAAAAUCAAAGGAGACAAUUGCACCAGCUAGUGACUAGCACUUCUUCUAUGUUUCCUUUAAGAACUACACAAUCUCAGACCCCAAGAUCAAGAAAGAAAAAAAGUAACCAGAAGAAGCUAGUAUUGCAUGUAACAGCAGAGAAUCUCUCUAAUGAUGUGUGGGCUUGGAGAAAAUAUGGUCAAAAACCCAUCAAAGGCUCUCCAUAUCCAAGGAACUACUACAGAUGCAGCAGCUCAAAAGGGUGUGCAGCAAGAAAGCAAGUGGAGAGGAGCAACACAGAUCCAAACAUGUUUAUUGUUAGCUACACAGGCGAUCACACACACCCACGUCCGACUCACCGGAACUCACUUGCCGGUAGUACAAGAAACAAGGUUCAACAAGCAGUUCAAAAGCCUGAAGAAAAAGAAUCCGAGCAACCCAAUAUUUCAGCAGACAAGGGCUUGUGUUCUUCUCCACUUUCAGCUACUAGUUUGUCUCCAAGAACCCCACUUUCAGCUCCCAUUGACCAUGCUGAGACUGCAGGAAAUGAUCAAGAAACCAAAAUAGAGAAUUUGGAAGGUGGGCAUGGAUUGAUGGGAAGUGAUGAUGAUUGUGAUAAUGACAUUAAUGAUGAUUGUGAUGAUGAUCUUUUGAUCCCAAAUAUGGCCUUGAAUGAAGAUUUCAUUAAGGGGUUUCAAGAGCUUGUCGGUGCUAGUGAAGGCGGUGGUGGUGGUUCGAGUAAAUAGUCCAGCUUUUUGGAGAUAUAAUCUUUCCUCUUCUAGCUCUGCCACCACAGCGCCACCACAGCUGCCAGAGUCACUGGUGGUGGCUGCUGCUGAUGUAGUUGCUGGAAGUUUUUUUUUUUUUUAAGAAAUUGGUGUUGUACGAAAAAGGGUAGAAAUUGGAUUUGAUGAAAACUUUUCUUUCCUCACCAAGAUUGAAGUAGAAGGAGGUAGAAAGAAUCUUUUCCCUCUUCAA